AUGGCGUUAUGUUUGCCCGUCUACUCCUUUGGAUCCUACAAGGCGAAUCUCUCUGUUGUUCCGUUCGCGCAGAAUUGGGCCCAGUAUUCUCCAUUUGUUUCUCUGGCAGAAUACCAGGUGCCAAGCGGCUGCGUAGUGACCCAGGUAAACCUUCUCGAAAGACACGGCGCUCGUUAUCCUACUGUCGGCUCCGCUGCUGGCAUUAUCUCCGCCAUCAAUAAAUUGACUGCCGUUGGUGAAUUUACGAAUGAGCGUAUGCAGUUUUUGGCCAAUUACACAUAUGACUUGGGAGUUGCCGAUCUCCUCCCGUUUGGCGCAGCCCAGCAAACUUUCUUCCAAAGGUAUUCGUAUCUCAUCGAUCAAGACCAAAUCCCCUUCGUUAGAGCUUCAGGCUCGGAUCGAGUCAUCAAGUCGGCAACGAACUGGACUGCCGGAUUCUCAGCUGCCAGUUAUCAUGUCUACAAUCCAUCUUUAUCCGUGAUUCUGUCUGAAGAGGCAAGUCGGAAUUACUCGAACGAUACUCUCGACGACAACCUGUGUGAAAACGCGGGUGACUCCGAUGACCAAACCAACACCUGGCUGGCUAUCUACGCUCCUACCAUAACAGCUCGCAUCAAUGAGGGUGCUCCUGGUGCAAAUGUUUCCGACGCUGACACGUACAGUCUCUUGUCAAUGUGUCCCUUCGAUUCCGUGGCCAAAGAAAAGCGUAGCCCCUUCUGCGAUAUGUUCGAAGCUGCGGAUUUCGGGGGUUUCGAAUACUCGGGAGAUUUAGACAAGUACUAUGGCACGGGCUAUGGACAAGAACUGGGGCCAGUCCAGGGUGUUGGAUAUGUCAACGAGCUCUUAGCGCGGCUGACUUCCUCCCCAGUUCAGGACAGUACCCAAACAAACCAUACCCUUGAUUCCAACUCUGAAACCUUCCCCCUCAAUCGCACCUUCUAUGCGGACUUCUCGCAUGACAAUCAAAUGAUAGCUAUAUACUCUGCUAUGGGGCUCUUCCCACAGAGUGCCAAUCUCGACCCGACGAAGCCGGACCCAAGCCGGACCUGGCUUGCGUCGAGGCUAGUGUCGUUUUCGGCGAAUAUGGUGACCGAGAAACUAGAGUGCUCGGGUGAAGAGUAUGUGAGGGUUUUGGUGAAUGAUGCGGUACAGCCGCUGGCAUUUUGUGGCAGCGGGGAUGGGCUUUGUUCAUUAGACGCGUUUGUCGAGAGUCAGUCAUACGCGAGGAACAACGGAGACGGAGAUUGGGAGAAGUGUUUUAGUUAG